AUGCAAAGGUUUAAGUUGUGUGUUGAGCAAGAAAAAAUUGAGAGCAAGGGUUUAGUUUGCUUGGAUGUUGAAACUAGAUGGAAUUCAACAUUUUUAAUGUUAGAUACUGUCGUGAAAUUCGAAACAGCUUUUGACAGGUUGGGAGAGCAAGAUUUUAAAUAUAGAGAUGAGCUUUCAAGUUCAAAAAUGAAGGGUCUACCUACCGACUUAGAUUGGGAGCAUGCUCGUGCUUUAUUGCCAUUUUUAAGAGCCUUUUAUGAUGCUACAUUGAAGCUGUCCGGUUCUUCAUAUGUCACUAGCAAUUAUUAUUUUCAUGUUGUGUUUGGCAUUGGAAUGAGAAUUAAUGAUAAGCUAAAUGAUUCAAACUCAAGCAUAAAACUUAUGGCUUCAAAUAUGAGGGAAAAAUAUCACAAGUAUUGGGGGAAUGUGAAAAAUCUUAAUCCAUUCUUAUUCAUUUCUAUGAUUUUAGAUCCUAGACAUAAGAUGGAUUAUGUAAUCUUUGUGAUUGAAGAAGUUUACGAUGCUAAAAAAUCUGAGCAGUUGAGUGAAAUUGUAAAACAAACUUUAAGUGAGUUGUUUGAUCAUUAUAGUUUGUUAAGUGGUAAAUCCCAAGAGGAACCAAAUGUUGCUUCUCAAUCUAAUGUCUCUAGGGUUGAAAAUGAUGAGAUGUUUGAUUUGUUUGUUUAUUCCAAGACCAAGUACAAAAGGAAGAGGGCUGAAAGUGUGUUUAGUGAAGGUAAAUCUGAACUUGAAAGGUAUUUGGAGGACAAAGUAGAACCUGAUGUUAAGAAAUUUGAUUUGCUUGAUUGGUGGAAGAACAAAAGUCAGACCUAUCCCAUAAUUUCUGUAAUGGCUCGAGAUAUAUUUGCAAUUCCUGUAUCUACAGUGGCUUCAAAAUCUGCUUUCAGCACUGGAGGUCGUGUUCUUGACUCAUUUCGGAGUUCUUUAACUCCAAAAAUUGUUGAGUGUCUCAUUUGUGCACAAAAUUGGCUGAGAGCAUCACCUGUAACAAUCCAAAAAGAGGAACAAAUUGAAGAAAUGGAGAACAUUGAGAGUGGUUUCGAUGAUUUAAGGCUAAAUGAAACAAUGAUGACCAUUGAUGAUUGA